AUGCGUUCUCAGUCCAGCGCGUCAGUCGGGGCUUUCGUCGUGGCUUUCGCUGUAGCUGCGAAUGCUACAUCUCUGGCUGAUAUCUGCACGUUGUCCAAUCUCAAAUCUGUCCUGCCCUCCAACGGUACUCUCCUUGGUAUCAAUCUGAUUCCAUCUGCUUCUACUGCUGCCGUGAUCUAUAAUGCUACCGUUGGUGGUGGAAUGAGCAGCAGUAGCUCCAGCGAAACCUACGACUACUGCAAUGUCACGCUCACAUAUAUUCAUCCCGGCAAAACCGACACUCAGAUCAUUGUCAAAUACGCCUUUCCUGAGCCUGCAGACUUCAAAAACCGCUUCUAUGUUGCUGGAGGUGGAGGAUAUUCGCUGAACACUGACUCGACCGGUGGUCUUCCUUAUGGUGCCGCUGCUGGGGCCACGUCCGCGGGCUACGACGCGCUUGAUGGUAUUAGCUACGACGAAGUUGUGCUCCUUGGCAACGGCUCUAUUAAUUGGGAUGCGACCUAUAUGUUCGCUUAUCAGGCCCUCGGCGAAAUGACUCAAAUUGGAAAGUAUGUCACUAAGGGCCUCUAUGGUCUUUCAACCAGCUCCAAGCUGUAUACAUACUACGAAGGCUGUUCUGAUGGUGGGCGUGAGGGUAUGAGCCAGGUUCAGAGAUAUGGUGAUGAGUACGACGGUGCAAUCACAGGUGCUCCUGCUUUUCGGAUGGCCCAGCAGCAGGUUAACCAUGUGUUCUCUGCCGAGGUUGAAAAGGUCUUGAAUUACUUUCCUCCUCCGUGUGAGCUGGCCAAGAUCGUGAACGCCACUAUCGAAGCCUGCGACCCUCUCGAUGGUCGUACCGAUGGUGUGAUCUCCCGUACCGAUUUAUGCAUGUUGGACUUUGAUCUAUCUUCUAUAAUUGGUGAGGAGUACUACUGUGCUGCCUCAAGUACCUCUUCCGGAGGCCCUGGUGGUUCUUCUUCUAGUAGCUACGAGCCCGUCCAAAGCGGUAAGGUCUCGAAGGAAGGCGUUGCUGUUGCGAAGGCUAUCUAUGGUGGUCUUCAUAAUAGCGAGGGUCAGCGUGCCUACCUCUCAUGGCAGAUCGGCUCUGAACUCGGCGAUGCUAGCACAGAAUGGGAUAACAGCACUGAUGCUUGGGAACUCUCAAUUACAUCUACCGGUGGUGAAUGGGUCACCAAGUUUGUCGAGCUCCUGGACCUGGAUAACCUAUCAACCCUUGAUGGAGUUACCUACGAUACUUUAGUGAGCUGGAUGGAGACUGGUUUCGUUCGCUUUCUAGACAGUUUACAAACCACCGUCCCUGACUUGGCCACAUUCCAAUCCUCUGGCGGGAAAUUGCUGCACUUCCAUGGCGAAUCUGAUCCUAGCGUUCCCUCCGCUUCUUCGGUACACUACUGGCAAUCAGUCCGCUCAAUCAUGUACCCUAACACAUCUAGUGGGGAGAGUUUGAAGGCGCUCCGAGACUGGUACCAGUUUUAUCUAAUCCCUGGUGCCGCGCAUUGCGGAACCAACACCCUGCAGCCCGGUCCGUACCCUGAAGACAACAUGGAAAUCAUGAUUGACUGGGUUGAGAAUGGUGUUACACCCACGCGUCUUAAUGCCACUGUCUCUUCGGGCGACUACGAGGGUGAGACCCAGAUGCUAUGUCAGUGGCCUUACCGUAUGCUGUGGCGUAGUAACACUACCUUCGAUUGCGUCUAUGAUGAGAAGUCGAUCGAGACUUGGACAUACGACUUUCCUGCUUUCAAGAUGCCUGUGUACUAG